UCACCUUCCUUAAUCGUAUCUAAAGGUUUACAAGUGUCGCAGUAGAGUUCAGACAGUUGAGACGGACCUGUGUCUCUUAGAAAAAACAUUAAACUGACUUCAUCAGGUCUUUGUCAACAACACGGCAGAGUGUCUGCUGAACACUGCAGGAGGCCACGAUGACGACAGAGGACCUUUUGAACGCUCUGGAGGAUCUGAAAGACGACGACUUUAAGAACUUCAAAUGGCACCUGGAGCAGCCUGACAUCCUGGAAGGCUACCAAGCCAUCAAAGUGUCCAAACUGGAGGAAGCAGACAGGCGGGACACAGUGAAUGUGAUGGUGAACACCUAUACACUGGAUGGAGCUCUGAAUGUGACCAAGAAGGUCUUAGAGAAGAUCAACAGGAAUGAUCUGGUGCAGAGUCUGUCAGACACCAGCUCAGGACCACAAGCCACCUCAUCCACCUCAGCACCAAGUGAUGCAGCCUCUGCCUCAAGUGCAUCUCCCAGUCCCUCCCACAUACAAACUGCCAGUGGAGAAUUAAGUGGAGAAAUAAGAUCACAUUCUCCGAUCCCCUCUACCUCAGCGCAGCCUGCCAGUCGAGAAACAGAUAUGGCUGCUGCAAACACUCUGCCAUCUGAGGAUCAGUUCAGAGAGAGAACAGAGCAACAAGUGUCCAAACCAGGAGAAGUUCCCUGUGACGUCUGCACUGGAACCAAACUGAAGGCCCUGAAGUCCUGCCUGGUGUGUCUGGCCUCCUACUGUGAAACUCAUCUGGAGCCUCAUCUGACAAUGUCAGGCCUGAAAAGACAUCAGCUGAUCGACCCUGUGGAGAACCUGGAAGACAGGAUGUGUACGAAGCACGAUAAACAUCUGGAGCUGUUCUGUAAGACCGACCAGACAUGUGUCUGCAUGCUCUGCACUGUUUUAGACCACAAGACACAUGAUGUUGUUCCUCUGAAAGAAGAAUAUGAAGAAAAGAUGGCUGAGCUGAAGAAGACAGAGGCUGAAAUUCAGCAGAUGAUCCAGAAGAGACAACAGAAGAUUCAGAAGAUUAAACGGUCAGUUAACCUCAGCAAGAAAAAUGCAGACAGAGAGAUAGCAGAAGGUGUUCAGGUCUUUACUGCUCUGAUGGAGUCUGUUGAGAGAGGCCUGAAUGAGCUCAUCAAAACGAUAGAAGAGAAGCAGAGAACGACACAGAAACAGGCCGAAGGCUUCAUCAGAGAGCUGGAACAGGAAAUCUCUGAGCUGAAGAAGAGAAACACUGAGGUGAAGCAGCUCUCACGCUCCGAAGACCACCUCCAUCUUCUCCAGAGUGUUCAGUCCCUGAAAGCUCCUCGGCUCUCCAAGGACUGGACAGAGGUCAGCGUCCGUCCACCAUCAUAUGAGGGGACUGUGGUGAGAGCUGUGUCUCAGCUGGAGAAAACACUCAUUCAACAGAUGAAGAGACUGGUCGCUGUGUCUGAGCUGAAGAGGGUCCAGCAGUAUGCAGUGGAUGUGACUCUUGAUCCUGAUACAGCACAUCCUAAACUCAUUCUGUCUGAUGAUGGGAAACAAGUGAAAGAUGGUAAUGUGAAGAAGAAUCUCCCAGACAACCCAAAGAGAUUUUCUUGCUGUUUUUUUGUUUUAGGAAAACAGAGUUUCUCUUCAGGCAGAUUUUACUUUGAGGUUCAAGUUAAAGGAAAGACUGACUGGAAUUUAGGAGUGGCCAGAGAGUCGGUCAACAGGAAGGGAAACAUACUGAGCCCUCAGAAUGGUUACUGGACGAUAUGGUUGAGAAAUGGAAAUGAGUAUGACGCUCUUGCUGCCUCUCCAGUCCGUCUCUCUCUGAGGUCUCGUCCUCAGAAGGUGGGGGUGUUUGUGGAUUAUGAGGAGGGUCUGGUCUCCUUUUAUGACGUAGAUGCUGCAGCUCUUAUCUACUCCUUUACUGGCUGCUCCUUCACUGAGAAACUCUGCCCAUACUUCUGUCCUGCUGAAUAUGAGGGUGGUAAAAACUCUGCACCUCUGAUCAUCUCUCCUGUCAGAGUUAAAUAAUCACUUAUUUCAUGUGCUGAUUUAUUUCUAUUCAAAGAAACAUGUAUUGUGAAUCCUGUAUAGAUCACAUCUUAUUUUCUGCAGAAUCUGUUCACUGUGCUGAUGUACACUUCAUUGUUAAGAUGUUUUAUUGUUUGUAUCCCAUCACACAGGCAGCAUGUUAAUCUGACACUUUCAUCUCUUCAACUCUGCAUCAUGACACAAACUUUAUGUGGAGAAUAUCUAUUUAAACCUCUGUUAAACCCACAGACAUUUACUCUCACUGACAGAAGAAAUCACUGUUUGUAAAGACGCCAAAUAUGUCAGGCUGCAGUUUGACUUUGAACAAGUUUGGGAAAAACUACUGCAAAUGUUUCUUUUUGAUUUUUUACUUGAUUAAUUUGUCUGGGAAGUGGUUUGAUAAUUACUGGUGACUUUGGACAGGUUUAAUGUGUUGUUGGAUACUGGUGAGAUGGUUUAUAAGUCACAGAAAUCUGUAAAUAUGUGAUUGUUGAAUGAAAUAAAGUUGUUGUUGAACACAA